UGUGUAAGGGCCCAAGGAAUCUAGCAAGAAAAUACAAAAGAGUCGUUCCCUUCAGUGCCCAUUUCUCGCUUUCAACCCACCAUAAAUGAAGGGUUGGAAUUGUCCGAAAAAUAGUUAUUGUUCUUCUCUUCUUGUUUCCUUCUCCAUUUUCGUUGGUUUCUCAUGUCAUGGAAGUGAAGCUUAGCCAUAAAAAACAUUUCUUGCUCUCAAAAUCUCUUCUUUCGGACCAUACAAAAGCAAGCUUCCCAACCCGCACCUUGAAUUUUAAACCCUGGGCAGCUGCUGAAAUCCAACGGUUUCAAGGCCUAGUGAAGAAAUGGAGAUUGCAGAACGAGACAAAGGACUAUUCCUGCGGUCAUGUGGUGAAAGAAGGUGAAACUUUGUCCUCCAUUUCAAAGAUGUAUGGGGUGUCUGUUCAUUCCAUUGCAGCUGCUAAUAAGAACAUAGUGGAUAUUGACCUUGUCUUCCAAGGCCAGCUCCUUAACAUCCCUGCUCCUUCCCUUCUAGACACUAAAUUUGACCGAGUCAAGAAAAGUAAGUUGUGGCGUUCCAUUCGUGCACUUAAAGUUCCUUCAGAGAAAACAUUGUUCACCGUGCUAACUUCACAUCAUCAAUCAAAUCAGGCUAGAUCCACUGGUUAUUUUCUAGUUGUGGUUCCUCUUAUAGCGUUUUGCAUCGGAUGUGUAAUCAGUACCUUUCACACAAGAGUUGCCAGAGGCAUAAGACAGCAAGCUGUUGAUAAGUCUCAAGCACUUCACUGUGGGGCAAAACGCAUGCGAUGGAAGUAUGCCCUCAGUGACACUGUAGAAGGAAAUGUUUUCGACUCCGAAUUAGGCCUUGAUUCUAUUAGCCGGAGAAUGCUCAAUACAUGCUACAUAGGGCUUGGCAUUGCUCACGAAAUUGAAGAUACAAUAAUGGGUUUUGCUAUGGAAGAAUGCCUAACAGCUUGGCAGGUACUGCAUACUAGAAUGAUGCAUAAUAUACACUUUCAAGGAUGAUUGUUCACUUAUGCAGUGGCCUACUGGUUGAUAUGGUUUCCUUGUAUGUUUGUUGUCCGGGUGACAAUGAUGGAACUCCAAUCUUUUCCAUUUGGUGCUGCUUUGCCCAAGACCUUUUUACUUAUAUGAUUCAUUCAUCAUGCUACGCAUAAAGGGAAGCCAAUGGUGAUACAUGUGACCUUGAUUGUUCUUAUGUUUUCAGACACAAGGGACCGGACGAUUCCAUGAUAUGCAUGGCACACAUGGGAAUUGAUAACACUAGUUGAAAAAAUUCUCCAUGAUUAUAGGGAUUGGUAACACCGGAUUUGUACCUUGUUGCUUGCCUGCAAAACCAGGAACACCAGGUCUGCUGUAUUGUUUUGCACCUCUUGUUGUCAAAUUCAUUCAGUAUGGAGAAGCCUGAAGCUGCCAAUUAGCAAUGACAAGCCCUACUGAAUGAGCUCACUAGAGAUCAAUGAAACCGAAAACACAAAAGCAGUCGCAUAUAAAGAGUAUUAGCA